GUUAGUAAUCGAUGGCACAGUGCCGUCUUGACAGUCGUGAGGCCUGGAUGUGUCCCGCUUUCUCUCCCACUUUCACUCGUACAGAGUGCUCGUUUUUUUCGAAUCACUGUUAACUUCAAAUGUGAUUCUACUCGCUGACCUAGAGCCUCUGAUUUGCUCGGGCCGCAUCCGAGACGCCAGACGCUAAUGUGUCUUUUGAACGUUCCGAUAAAAUAGCUGUAUUAUACACCAACUGUGAACUGUCAGCCGACCAGAAGGUGUUGUUUACAAUCUGCAGCAAGGUGUCGGGAAGCGGCUGAAAUUCGGUGAAUGGAACUGAAACCGUUCACCACAGACAGCAGCAACGCUGAUGUGAAGAACUCCAACGACAGCAACGCAACGAGGAUGAGAGCGUGAAGAGGAGGCUCCGAAGGGCACGUCAAUUUGACUGAAAGGCUCCGGCGGACCGCCGAGGGGGACGUGGAGGAAAGGGGAGAGUAGGAGGGGGAGGAGGAGGGGGAGAAACGACCGAGGGAGAGCAGAGGGGAUAUGCCAGCCGCACGCUCCUCCUUCCUGGGAGAGAAUCUCAAUGUCGAUUCAGCUGUCUCCGCAACUUCGCUUCUGUCUUUUACAGAUUCCAUUGCAAGCAGGGUAAUCGAGCAUCUUGGCAUCUACGGCAAGGAUAGGAUCGGCAUUGAGGCUCCUUAACCAGGAGAUGGACUUUGAGCAGGGGACUCAGACAUGCCACUCCUCCAAAAACGACACAGGAGAUGACGACGACAAAACGCCCUACGAGCGAGUGCUCUACGGGCUCCACCACGACCAGCGGUGGCUCAAGGAGAUCACCCUCGGGCGCCGCGUCGGCUUCUACCGCUUCCGAGGAGAACUGGGACAAGGCAACUUCUCCACCGUCCGCCUCGCCCUCCACCAGCUGACACGAGAUAAAGUCGCCGUCAAGGUGAUUGACAAAGCGAAGCUGGACCAGAAGACGCAGAGGAUGCUGGCCAGGGAGAUAGCCAAUAUGGAUGCAGUGGCCCACCCAAAUAUCAUCAGGUUGUUCGAAGUCGUGGAGACGCUAUCUCGCAUCCAUUUGGUCCUGGAGUUCGCGCCAGGCGGGGAGCUCUUCAAUCGAAUCACGGCGGAGGGACGCCUGUCCGAAAACGACUCCGCCAAAGUGUUCACGCAAGUGCUGGCCGCUGUCACUUAUUUGCAUGGUCUUUCCAUCAUCCAUAGAGAUAUCAAGGCAGAGAACGUGUUUAUAGCGGGCCCAGGAAUCGUCAAAUUAGGGGACUUCGGCUUCUCGACACGGGUGUCUUCACUGGCCCAGCAGCUCAGCACUUUUUGUGGGUCUCCGCCGUACGCCGCCCCGGAACUUUAUAAGGAUGAAUCCUAUUUAGGUCCGGCAGUUGACAUCUGGGCACUUGGAGUCCUCCUGUUCUUUGUCCUCACAGCCGACAUGCCCUUCAAGGCGAACACCGUCGCCGGCCUUAAGAGACACAUCCUCGCCGGGAGCUUCGUCACCCCGGACUUCGUGUCUCCGCCUGCCACGGACCUGAUCUCCCGUCUGCUGGUGCAGGACCCGGCCGAGAGACCUUCCCCUCAGAUCAUCGCCUCCCACACGUGGCUCUCCAAGACGCCGGAGCCGGCCACGCCCCUUCCCAGCUACGUGGUGACUCCUAAGUUGUCUUCGGAGGAAGUCUCCUCCGCUGAGGAGGAGACACUAGCAUCCCUAGAGAAGUGGGGCAUAAACCGAGAAUCCCUUGAGGAAGGAGCGCCCAUGGGGGCGCGGUCACCCGCUAUAGCCACAUAUCGCAUCAUGCUGCAUCGCCUCCUCACCCAGGCCAACACCCCGAGCAAAGUCUCCAACAAUAACUCAGUAGAGACGAACGCCAGCAACACGUCUGCGGCAUCGACGACGCCGACGUCGUCACCCUGCAAGGAAAUGGUCGUCAGGAGACCUAAGUUGAGGCUCCGGAACGGUCUGGCAUCCUCUGCGCCUGGAGGGGUCAAGUCCCGGGCAUGCAAUAUCGUCUAGGGCAUUAUGAAUACUAAUCAUUCGUUCGACUGUAUUAAGAGGUCCGAAUCUCAGGGGAAAAUGUUCUUUCUUUUUUUUUCUUUUCUCUUUCGAAUUCUGUCGAAUAAGUACUGAUAUGGGCCAGGUUGGUUGGAGGCUCUGUCACACUUGAGAGACAUUUUCUGACGUUUUACGCCAAGUGGCUAACGUUUUCUUCUGUACUGGUGCAUAAUUGAAGGCAAGCACGUUCGUUGAGAUGACGUUACACAAGCACAGACACGAGAGGUUUCAAUUUUGUUCCCAGUUUACGAAAAUAGAUUGGCUACUUGGUGCAAAAAUUUUGCCAAGAAGUUAAAGCCACGUUCGAGUGACCUGUGACUUGUGACCUGUAACCUGCCUCCUGGUGUCUCUGCAGUCCUGUGGUGCAGAAGGUCACCUCCAUUUAGGGCUUUAUCGCGAGAUUUGCUGCAGAGCAAAUCAGACUGUACCGUGAAACUUAAUAUAGGUCUAUUUAUUUCGUAUUUAUUUUCAACACUUUGAUUUGAUUCUGUGGUACUUCGAAAAGGCAUUAAUUUCCUAAUAUCAAACUCAAGUGUGUACAGUAACAUUAUGUAUAUAAAUUCAUAUAUGUGUGUAUGGAUAUGCAUACAUGCAGUAUGUAUAUAAUCUGUAUUUAUAAGUAUAAACACACACACAUGUAUGCAUACGUAGUGGAUAUGAGGAUUUUAGUGUACCAUAACAGAUGGUUCAAAUAUAUAGAUUGUAAAUCGUGAGGGGUAUAUAUAUAAAUUCUAAAAAUAAACUAAAUGGGGAUAUUAAGGCUCAAAGCAUAAUCCAAGAAAUAAACAUUUAUUCAGAUAAAUGUUUAGGGGGUGGGGGGGGGGGUGAGUUGGCGGAAUGAGAUCGUUCUCCAAGAACUCCAGAUUAUUUUAAACAAAUGUUUGGAGGUCUGAGGACUAUAAGGAGAUUGAUAUCAACUUCUCUUGAUGUCUGUAUAGUCACAGUAAAGAUUUGUCUGUCAGUUUUGCGAACUGCAUUAGUAUUUGUAUAACUGAAGGCCAUGUUUGGAAAACACCUCCUCCAGAAUGUUGCGCAGCAGAGGAAGCUCCAUUAUUGGUUGGAAAAUUUGUUAUGCAUAUACGUAUAUACAUACAAGCGCAUACUCAAGAAGUUAUCAGUUGGUUUUGGUAGGCAAGCAAGAUAUCAAAUGAAUACCAAUUAGUGAAGAGAGACUUUUGCUUACCACCAACACAUUUUUGUGAACUUUCUCAGCAGCCAAGUCGAAUAUUUUCAUGACGCUUCUCAAUUUAGGGGUAGUAAUUAGAAUUACAUUAUAGUGGGUUAUGCAUUAUGAGAAUAUCCGAUCUGUAUCGAGGUGUUAAGUAGAGAGGGUAAAUCCAGGCUGCUAAAGAGAAAACAAAAGACUGCUUAGUCUUUGAAAAAGGUUUUACAGUUCUGAAAGAAGAUUGUAGCUUGCGAACUUAGCAUUUGGUAGGACAGGAAUCUGACCUUUUCAAUAAAGAGGAUGCAUUUGAAUAAAUCCCUGAGAAUGGCAGCACUUAUCGGGAAUAUUCCUGUACCUCAGCUCUUUAGACAUUCUUGUUCGCAUAGUUAUACGAGGAGUUGAUAUUCUUGACCUUAUGACGCAUCUUCACGGGGGUGAUUGAUCCUAAAAAAGACUUAUUGUUCGGUUAGUGGUUAAGAAAAUAUGAUGUGAAAUACUCCAGGGGCAUUACACUGAGACAGGAGCUUGUCUGUGAAUAGCAAUGACUUUUUUUGAAUACCAAAUGUAGAUUUAUAGCGUACUUUAGAGUUGAUUAUUAUUUAUGAAGGCCAAAGAGACAGUUCUAAGUUUAACUAGUGUAUAUAUCUAUUGUAUAUAAUCAUUACUAACCCACAAUGAAGAUGACGAGAGUUACAUUGGGAGGUGCUCUGCACUACCUUGUGUAAAUAAUUGCUCUGUAUAACUGUAUUAUAGCGUAAUAGAAGAAGAGAGGAAUGCAGGCAGUGCCAUAACCCACCUUGAAGAACACCUUAGCAUUUUGUCGGGAGAUCGCCCGGUACCAACCAUUCCCGUUACCAAGUAGACACGAUUCCUUUCUUUAGAAGGAAAAUCCCAACGCUUCGAGAGUACUUUAGUCACAUCGCCUUUAGCUUGGAGAGAGAGUGAGAAAAAAAACAUUAGUUUGUAUUAUCCAGAAACGUAUAGCGUUCUGAGGCAGUUAUUAAUACCCGUAAUUCCCGAACAAUACGAAGUAGAAGGAGAUUUUCGCGCCUUAGCGAGAGAGGGUAGAGGCAUAACUCGUGAUUUCCGUGUGCUUGUUAGUCAUAGAGAAACCUGAUGUGUAAUAAUAUGGCGGAGAGUGGAUAGUGUGUGUAUAUAUAUAUAUAUAUAUAUAUAUAUAUAUAUAUAUAUAUAUAUAUAUAUAUAUAUAUAUAUAUAUAUAUAUAUAUAUAUGACUGGUAAAAAUGUUCUGUUACAACAGAAUUCCAUCUUAUAUAAGGAGCCCAUAAAAACGCCAAAAUAUAGAAAGUAAGUGCUAUAUUUUAGAGACUGCUAGUCUCUGAAUAUAGUACUUUCUAUAUUUUGGCGUUUUUAUGGGCUCGUUAUAUAUAUAUAUAUAUAUAUAUAUAUAUAUAUAUAUAUAUAUAUAAAACAAUAUUCCUCGCCAAGGCAUAAUGGUACUGCCUAAAUUCCAGAGAUUAAUUACGAAUGAGCAGUAAUUCUUAGGAAGGCAUAACUACAGGUAGUUCGUGAUAAUGAAAACUCAAGUUCAAGUAACGAAAUGCGUCAAGUUUUAGAAAGUUAGAUGAUCAUAGUUUUUAGACCGAUUACUCGAAUGUCAUAAUUGAAGUUGUGUUCAUUAACUCGUUCUGUUGAUCUUUCUUUCUGAUACUCUGACUGAUUAGUUUUCUGUGCUUCUGACCUGUUCUGUUCUCUGUCACAUGUCCGAACAUUUCGAGUCAACGAUCCAGAUUAAACCAGCGUUGUACCAACUUGGCAAACUAACUAACAUGCCACUUUGAAAUGGGUGAGUAUUCAUCUGAAAAGCUAUGAUGAUUGUCGAGUAAAAGAAGCUACUGUAAACCUCAAACUGUGAUGUAUUUUAAGAUUCAGUAUUGUGAGUAUUGAAUUGGACCAAGAUUGAUUUUAAUUUAAUAAAAGUCCAGUUUUCAAAAAGAA